AUGGACACUGAAAUAGCAUAUGUAGGUGUUGCAGUCGAUGUGACAUCAUUCAAAGGAAUAUCAUUGUCCACAAAAGCAAACAGCUCAAUCUUCAUAGAUCCAAAGUUUGAAAAACUUGUUGAGCUAAGAAAAUGGUCUGAAAGAAACAAAGAAAUCGCAAACCAUUUUGGAUCAAAGUUGAAUGAAAUGUAUCUUUGCAAUUAUUGCAAGUACAUGCAUGCAAGAGCAAUUCCUAGAGCAAGGUGCAGUGUUACCAUUGGAGAUCACACUGGCAACAUUAUUGCAUCAUUAUUUGGCGAUGUGGCCGAAAAAUUCUUACACCUACCAGCUGAGAAAAUAAUGAAAGAUAAUCUGCUGCCACAUCAUAAGAUGAUAUCAUCCGACGAUCCUAAAAAUGAGAGCGCUGCAGUUCACAAACCUGACAACAUCAUUACUACAACAAAGAACUUUGGUAGCAACGUGGGCAAAUGA